AUGCCGCCUUCUAAGCAGGCAAUACAGGGAGACGUACUGAAACCUUCUGCCAUGAUUUGUGCCGAUAACAUGAGCUAUGGUAUCGACGUACAAGCAACCAAAACAUUUGAACCAUUUCCUCGUCUCGCCAUUGAACUGCGACUCAAUAUUUGGCGUUUGGCUUGUCCCCAGCAGGAGCGCCUUCUCGGAAUUAGAUUGCAUCCUGUGUAUCCAAAUUUCGACCUCAACUCAGCAACACCAUCAAUUCUGCUUGUCAACCAUGAAAGCCGUCAUGAGGCGGAAAAUAUCUACACAAAAGUGCGGCUACAAUUAGAUCAAGCCGAGGGCAACAGAAAGAUGUUUCGAACUUUCUAUAUCAACACCGAUAGAGACAUUUUAUGCUUGGAUAAUGGGUCGGGUGAUACCAGUCAGAAUUAUCACUUUGAAGGUGAUUUUUUGGCUCAUUACAGAUUAACCUUCUUUACCGCGGGAAGUCGUCUCCGCGCACUAUUCCGGGAAAUGAGAAUCGUCAAGACGUCCAAUUUCGGCUAUGAUAAAGGAAUGGGGACGUGGUUUCUGCGAUCCCAUGACGGCCCCUGGAGGUACUCGCCUGCAGGCUAUCGCUGCGAGCUAUUCAAUUACAUGUCGAAUCUGAAGAAGUUAAUUCUCAGCCCUAUGACAUUCGAUAUGCAAGGAUAUCACGUGGGAAUACCAUACUGCCUCUCUCCCGAGCAACAAAGUGUUUGUAUCAGAGAUAUCCGGACCUAUUUCGAAAAGGCGAGCAAGGAAAAUCCUUAUUAUUCAGUACCUGAAAUUGAGAUUGAGUCGGGAGAAUCUCCUAGAACUUAUUUCGAGGAGCCAAAUUCGCUAUCUCUUUGA